AUGGCUUCUUUUGGUGGCGCAGGUCUUGGACAGAAAGUCAUCAAGCCCAAUCCUCCUGAGCGCGGCUCGUUCCCGCUCGAUCAUGACGGCGAGUGCAAGAAUAUAAUGCUAUCCUACCUCAGGUGUAUCAAAUCACACCGUGGAACCAACGACUCCGAAUGUCGCAAUCUGUCAAAGUCAUACCUAUCCUGUCGGAUGGAUCGGUACGUACCGGAUCUGCCUUCCUUUCCACACAGCCUUUGUCUAGCCACAACGAUCUCCUUUUCUUUGAUACGGCUCCUCUCUUUGUUGAAAGCAAGGGAGAAAAGAGGAGCUUGUCAUACAGACUCGUCAAAAAUUUCGAACCAGGUCGUUGAGAUCAUCGGGGCUUGGGGCUGCACUGAGGCAAGGGGAGAUGCAGCAGUCUUCAUUCCUCGUCUCUUGUUAGAUCUGAAAUGUCUGGGUUGUUGA